GCGGAGCUCUACUGUCCGAGUGCGGGCUCUCUACCGCCUGUCCCUCUCUCCCUGCCUGCCACUCUCCACCGCCCGGCCUCCACGUGUGCUCGCACUGCUGGGUCCUGUAACCUGAGCGCCCUGGACUCGUAUCAACGCUCUCUGGAUGGUUCAGAGGAGCUUCCAUAACGCCCCACGUCCCGUGCGCAGGCUGCUGAGGCUCAGUCUCUGGAUAGGUACCGAGAAAUUGAUGAUGUUACCUUGAAUUUUUUCAUCAAUGUCUCUGAUCUUGAAUAUCUUAAGAGAGAUUCUGGCAUAUUUUGGUGUUCCCAUAGACCAGGCUUUGCUGACUUGGAAAAAUAAAAAUAAAUAUGGAUCAGCUCGGAGUAUUGUUCGUAUUAUUGGGAAAAUACUUCCUUUAGAACCUUGUCAAAGACCUAAUUUUGAGUUGAUCCCACACUUGAACUCUGUGGAAUCUAAUAAUUGUGGAUCUGUGGUUCCAUCUUUUGCUGAUAUUUUGUGUGUGGCAAAUGAUGAAGAAGCUGGUCACCUCAGAUAUCGAAAAAGCACAUGGGAAAAGGAAGACGAAGAAUUUGAAUUUUUUCCUCCUUUGCAACCAGCUCGGCUUCACCUGUCACCUGGGCAGAACAUGCGCAUGGAAAAUGAUGUACCUGUAAGCAAAGCUGCGAUUGAAAAGCUGGCUGCCCUUGAAGAUGAGCUAACUUUUCUUCGCUCUCAGAUUGCUGCGAUUGUGGCGAUGAAGCAACUGAGUAGUGGUAGAAAUUCUGGUUCCUGUGACUUGAAUGAAGACAGUGGUGUAGGAGGGACCCCAUCAUCAGCUCAACUGAGAGCAGAACCAGAUCCAUUUCCAAAAUCAGCGGUUCCUCCUCCUCCACCGCCACUUCCUCCUCACUGUCCUUCUCUCCAGCCUCCUUGGAGCCCCCCCAUACAAUCUGGAUCUACCGAUGUUGGUGACUCAGAUAUUCCAGUAACUGAAGUGAAAAGGCAGCACUCAAGUAUGAAGAAGAACAUUUAUAAUCAUUCCCCAGACCAAAGAAAUGCUGAUGUUCCAAACAUGUUGGAUGUUCUAAAGGACAUGGAUAAGGUGAAGCUUCGUGCUGUUGAACGGUCACCAGGUGGUAGGCCCAUUCAUAAGAAGCAAAGACGAAGUUCCCAGUGGGAUCCAGUAUCUCUAAUAUCACAUGCACUGAAGCAGAAGUUUGCAUUUCAACAAGAUGAUUCCUUUGACACAGGAGAUAGAUCUUGGGAAGCUUCUCCAUUUUCUAGUCCAGAAACUUCAAGGGUGAGCUAUAACAAUCUAACAUUAUCUUUUAAGUUUUUCUCAAGCUGUGCUCUUUAUGCUAGAACCUUUGCAUGUAAGCUUUUUGGCUGUUAAUAUUCCCAUUCUUGUCACUUUUACAUGUUUGUUUUCACAGCUUAUAAAGCACUGGAUUUGAAAAAUACAAGUGCCCAUUUAUAUAUAGUAGCUUGACCUUGACAAGAUCUGAGUGGCCUGAGGCCCAUAUCCAUGAAGCUGUUAAGGUUGCACUGGAAUCUCCAGAACCAUGAGCCAAAAUAAGCCUUUUCUCAGUAUAAGCUAAUUGCCUUCGGUAUUUAAUUACAGUACCACAAAGUUGACUAAUACAUAGUUUAAUUUUCUGUUCACUUCUGUGUCCUCAGUUUGGAGUACAGUAUUGACUGUGCCCACAACCCACUCUCAGAUCACUACAUGCUGCUGAGUGAAUGAAAUCUUAAAGGUUUAUCUGCUGCUUGUCUUGCCAUAUUCCUUGACAUCUGAGUACGUUCUAUGUUUGCUUUCUUUCAGUUUGGACAGUGAUCUAAGGGGGAAAAAAUAGGUAUGAUUCCUGGGAAGAGAGGUGGAGGAAUGUGCCACAUGUCUUCUGCCUUUCCAAGGCACACAUCCUCUGUUGGUGAGGCCUGAGGAAGACUGCGAAUUAUGUGCUUCUGGAGUUCGGAAGGAAGAUCCAGAGUUAACUGGCUACUGAAGAGAGUUAGAUCUAUGAAUUUUUUUUUCUGUGUACUAAUAUUAUUGGUAGUAGAAUAUAUACCUCAGUAUUUUAAACCAACUGUGUUUUCCUAAUUUAAGUGCCUUUGAAUCUUUUAAAAAUUGUCAGCAAUCUGGUUUACUUGGCUUCCAGUAACCUGGAGAUUGUCAAAGAAAAUGCAAUUGUAAUAUUUUUCAUUAAGAUAGCAUUCAUUUUAAUCAUAUAGGUUUGAACUUCUUCCUGACAUAAUUCUUAGAAGUACAUUCUGACCAUUAAGUGCUACAAAAUGGAAGUAGAAUUUUAAGUUUUGCCCAUAUUUGCUAUGUAAAUAUAUAUUCCUGACCUUUGUUUCCUGUGAUCCUUACUAUGUUUAUACUCUGUUCCUUUGUAACUAAACUGUACAAUAAAUGUGUCA